GUGUGGAGCUGAGCUCUGAACGGGGCACGGAUCCCUCCAGGGAGCCUGGAGCCAGCCCCUCACAGCCGCGGGAUACAGAGAAUCAGCCCCACUGCCAGCUGCUGAGCUACCAGUGGGGCAAGGGGAGCAAAGCAGAGGAUUUCCAGGCACGGAGCCCCAUCCCUGCAUGAAAGAGGAGCCUGCUGUGCUGAGAAUCUCCUUCCCAGAUGCUCACAGGAUCUGUGCUGCCUUCUGAAGACUGAAGAGGGGGGUGAGGAUCUGCAGAGAGCACGAGAGCAUGGCCCUGUGCACACGGCAAACUCCGCUCUUCCCCUCAGAGCAAGCCAGGAGCUGAUGUAUAUGAGCUUUAAUUUGCAGCCCAGGACCUCGACUGAUGAGUGCUCCACAUAUGGAAAGCUCUGACUGACAGCCUAAACCCUGGAUGGGGAGUGAUGGCUAUCUCAAACAAAAUUGCUGAGCAGACACAGCAGCAACCUCCACCUAGUCAGGUUUCUAAGCCAAAUUUAAGGCAGAAUCAGGACUAACACCAGGCAAUUAAAAGCAUCUGUGAUUUCUUCUCAGGAGAAGCUAAAUUGGAGACCCUUUGGAAUAUUUACUUUCCUUAAAUACAGAACCUUCCCCACAAGACAGAAAUUAUUUUAACCUGCAGCUCCAGUAUUUCUUAUCACAUAGCCCUGGAAAGUGGGAUAAACAGCCUCAGGUGUUCGUAGCCCCACUUGUGCACCCCAAGGAAAAUGCAGAAUGACUUAAAUUUGACUUGGAACUGGUGAGUAUCAACCAUGUUGUUCUGGUGAAAGCUUAGGAGCAAGGGUAGGUUUUCUAAUAUGUUUCUGGAUCUUUCUCAUUGCUGCUGGUGCUACAGUUCUAAAACAUUAUCCAAAACUCUUUUCCCCAGCAAGGCUAAGCAAAUGUUGCCUAUAGGACCUUCCUGAUCUUGUCAUUGUUCCUGCCUGGAAAGGGGGUGAAGUUCAGCAGCCUCACAUGGACAUUACCAGCCAUGGCUUUCCUCUCUGGAAACUCCUCCGAGUGUUCCAACUGCACCCACUCUGUGGAGCCCGUGAACAUGUCCAAGGCCAUCUUACUGGGUGUUAUUCUAGGGGGGCUGAUUGUUUUUGGGGUUUUGGGUAAUAUCCUGGUUAUCCUGUCCGUAGCCUGCCACAGACACCUCCAGAGUGUCACCCACUAUUACAUCAUCAACCUGGCUGUAGCUGACCUUCUCCUGACUUCUACCGUCCUGCCCUUCUCAGCUACCAUGGAGAUUUUGGGUUACUGGGUCUUUGGGAGGAUCUUCUGCAACAUCUGGGCAGCUGUUGAUGUGCUUUGCUGCACUGCUUCCAUCAUGAGCCUCUGCAUCAUCUCCAUCGACCGAUACAUCGGGGUGAGCUACCCACUGAGGUACCCCAGCAUAGUGACAGAGAGGAGGGGCCUCCUGGCCCUGCUGUGUGUCUGGGCACUGUCCCUGGUCAUCUCUAUUGGGCCCCUUUUCGGCUGGAAGGAGCCAGCCCCAGAGGAUGAGACUAUCUGCCAGAUCACCGAGGAGCCUGGCUACGUCUUGUUCUCAGCGCUGGGCUCCUUCUACCUCCCCCUGAUCAUCAUCCUGGUGAUGUACUGCCGGGUCUAUGUGGUGGCCAAAAGGGAAAACAAAGGGCUGACCUCUGGGCUGAAAACAGAGAAAUCCCAUUCCGACGAGGUGACCCUCCGCAUCCACCGCAAAAACAUACCUGGUGCAAGCGGCUCUGCAACCAACGCCAAAAGCAAGCACCACUUCUCUGUGCGCCUGCUCAAGUUCUCCAGGGAAAAGAAAGCUGCCAAGACCCUGGGAAUAGUUGUGGGAUGCUUCGUUCUCUGCUGGCUCCCAUUUUUUGUAGUAAUGCCUCUUGGCUCUUUCUUUCCUGCAAUCAAACCCCCGGACACACUUUUUAAAAUAACAUUUUGGCUGGGUUAUUUAAACAGCUGCAUCAACCCCAUCAUCUAUCCAUGCUCAAGUCAAGAGUUCAAGAAAGCAUUCCAUAACGUCCUGAGAGCUCAGUGCCUCCUGAGGAAGCAGCCAGCAAUGAAGCAAACCCCCAGCUUCAACCUCAACCAUCCUGCAGGCCAGAGCAUGGAGAGUGGCAAAGGGGUGGUCCGGAUCCCUGUGGGAUCAGGAGAAACUUUCUACAAGAUUUCCAAGUCAGACGGGGUCUGCGAGUGGAAGAUAUUCUCCGCCGUGCAGGGCAUGCCCACCAAAAAUACCGUUUCCAAAGACUGCACAGCUGCCAAAGCCAAGAGCAAAGGGUUCCUGCAGGAAUGCUGCUGUGCAGGGACUUCAGGGAGUCUCGUCCAUGAGAACUGCAAAGUGCCAACCAUUAAAAUCCACUCAAUCUCCCUGAGCGAGAGUGGGGAGGAUGUAUAACUGGCUGGGUGCACCAGGUUGGCAGCCUGGGGGCUUCAUGGGAUGUCACUCUUUUUAUGGGGAAGUAGGAAUAAGCAUGAUAGUUGAAAGGAUCCAGGUAUGAACAAGUGAAACAGAGCCAAAUCUUUAGAGGAAGGAUGUCUGUGAGUGCUGGGAGCAUGAAUGGAGCCCCUCAAAGAUAGUGCAUGGCUUCAGUAGAUGUUAUUCUGAGAGUCCAGCAUCUUCCAGGUGUUUCCUUGGCAUUUAAAAGUGUUAUCCCUUUAUUCUCCUCCUUUAAAGUUCACACUGCUCUCAUUUAGGGGCAGUGGAGGAGAAAGAGAGAACCACAAAGACCCUGUACUGAUUUCAGCCUUGACACUCUCUGGCAGCUUCACCUUCAGAGCCAUUUUGUGAUUCCACCCUCCCCAUAAGGCCAAACCUCACCUGUGGAUUUCAGUCAACGCCAUUGACAAGGAAAACUUGAUCCAAGUGACUGCACUCCACUAAGCUUCAGAGACCAAGGAGAACUUUUCCUUUUUGUACAAUCAGCCUCCCUAAUCUCCACACCAUACCAAAUGAAAAUUUGCAUGUGUACUUGGUUUGUUCAGGUGAUCCCUGCACCUUGAUGCAGGUCUAAUAAAACUCAAAACUAGGUAAGUCCUUAUCAAACGAGGCUCAAAGAACUCACUUGCAUUCAUCCUUUUGUUUUUCAUCUUCUGAGUCCAUCAGGAACCUGCUGAAAAGCUCAGCAAUUCUUUGCUUGGGUUCUCAAUAGCCAGAUCAGUGCCACAGUCACUGGAAAAACUACAGAUCUUUCCUGUCUCCCUGCCCAGUGUUUUGCUACAUUCCUUUUCCCAACUCCUUCAAGUCAGGAAGUGACCAAGUGCCCAAAGCUUUCUGUGAGAUCCUGGUACUCUGGAGUCAGGAAUUUUCUCCUUGUUCUAAGCAGGGGGAGUUAAACAUGUUAAAAGGCUUAUAGAUGUCCAUCCCCAUGAGAAAGGGCCAUCCCUUGGGAAUUUGGGAGCAAAGUAUUUAGAAGCAUGUUAUAUUUUAAUACAGCUAAUCCAAAUAAAUAAAUAAAUGAGAUGGCCAGCAUCUGGAAGAAAUAGUGGGAGGAAUUCUCUGUACAAUAUUAGAAAUAAGCCACUCUUGACAUAACUCCUCCUGAGCCUGCCAAGUAAGAAUUCAGCUCCUUGAAACAACAUACGAGCCCCUGCUCUUGUCUGUGUCAGCUGCUGUGCUUAAGAUCCACUGCCUUGAAAAGGGACAUGGCUCAAGAUAAGGGUCAUUAUCACAGGAGAGGGUCUUGAAACAACACUUUGCUGGUGUUCAUGAGAAAUCAUUGCUUAUUUAUCUCUCACUCAGUAUUAAGUCCCCAACGUCAAGAGGAUUUGUCUCCUGUGUCUUUUAUUUAUGCACUCACAGAAGACAAAUCUGUCGCACGAUCCCAGUUUUAGCUCAAAUAAGAAAUCCACCUCACAUUUAAGGUUCUUCAGGCCUAGAAUUUGAAGCUAAAAUGUGGCAAUACUAUGUAAGAAAAUAUUCUCAUGGUGCUUCAAGCCAAGAGCAAAAGGAGAAAAGCUGGAAAUCUCAUAAGAAAGUCACAUGAGACUCAUGGCUAAGAUUCCCAGUCUCACAGGGUUCAGAUAUGUGGGACGUGUAUUUGGACAAAACCUGAAUUUUGAAACACUUUGAAAAAACACUUCUUACAUUGAGCAGGACUGGCAAGAUUUAAAGUCUUCACUGCACACUCUUGGUGCCCAACCCUGUCUUAUUCUACAACCAAUACUUGUUUUACGACCAAUAAGACCCUUUUUGCCAUAUUUUCUUUGGAGUAGGGAGAUUUACAGAGGGUUGCUGCAGUAAUUUCAGAUUUAUUGAGGUUUCACAGUGUCAGGCAAGGAGUUAUUGUGGAGCUACCCAUGGAGGCUUCCACAACUGGAUUAAUUAAACUCCAGAGCAAUUCUGAUGCAGCAAUAUAAUCUGACGCUGUAAGUUGAAGAUAAAUAAGUUAACCUGUUGCUGGCAGUGUCAUGAUGGACAUGGAUGUAGCACAGUUCUCCGGCGUGGCAGAGACAGAGGUUGGAAUAAUGAAGUUUUGGUCUCAUCUUCAUCCUUUUUUUUGUCAUCAAACAGAUUCUAAAGAAUGCCUCUGUUUCCAGUGACUCUGAAAAGCUCCUAGUCCUCAGCAUCAGGUGAGCCUGGUCCCAGCCACACCUCUGCUGCUGCCAGGUUUGCCAGCAACAACAAACACAUAAUUUGUUUGGCUCCCUCAGAGAAUUUCUGCAGGAAAACUGCCCUGUUCCCUUGUUGCAAGAAGGGUCAUUGGCACUUGUCAUUUUAGUG